AUGGCCAAAGAUAUAUCGAAGAAGAAGAAGAAGGGUAGAGUGAUUAUUUCUUCAGAGUCUAGUGCUGAUGAAAAUGAAACAAUUCCAGAGACACCAGAAGCUGAUCUUCAGAAAGAUUCGUCUCAUAUUACAUCAACUGAUGUAAUACCACCUGAAUUUUUUCUUGCCAAGACAGUUUCUAUGGAGGCACAAACUUCUGACAUUUUUGUAAACAAGUCUAAUAUGGAUGCAAGUGUCACAAUGGGUGAGGAUGCUUUGCAUGUUGCAGACAAAUGUAAAUCUUCGGAUGUUACCCCAGACACAACUGUUUAUUUACCUUCAUAG